AAAUCUGCCUACUUUCUUCUGGCUGGCGACAGCACUACAGCAACACAGAGCGUAGAUGGAGGCGGCUGGGGUGAUGGCUUCUUGAACUUCACCUUAAGAACAGGCUGCUCAGGUCGCAACUAUGGACACAACGGAGCCACGACCAAGAGCUUUCGAAAAGGCGGUGAUUGGAACCACUUGAUCAACGAGGCAAAGACAAAGAUAGCCGACUAUACUGUCUACGUGACCAUCCAGUUCAGUCACAACGAUCAGAAGCCCACCUCGGGAGUCAACCUUACACAAUACAGCGAUAACCUUGAAGCAUUUGCUAGAGAAGUCUCUUUCAUUGGCGCCAUCCCUAUCCUCGUUACCCCCUUGACUCGCCGCAAAUAUACCAAUACAACCACACCGACCAUAAUCCAAGACUUGGCUGUUCAACGCAAUCUCACCAUUGCUGCGGCACGCAGAACACAUUCGAGAUACAUUGAUCUCAACAUUGCAUCGACGGAAUACUGCAAUGCCAUUGGUCCUGAAGCUGCUUGGAGGUACAAUCUGAAUCCGACUGAUUACACGCAUCUCAAUGCGUGGGGGAGUGUAGUGUUUGGGAGGAUGGUCAGUGAUUUAAUG